UUCAACUUCAUUGGGGUUUUCGGGGUUUUUUCUAUACCCUAUUGACAGGACGUCAAAACCGACGGCAACUGCCAACAGCAAACGGGUCUUGUCGGGUUACGCUUCGGGUCUUCCUGAUUAUCAUUAGCAAGCAAACCUCUUUCCGUAUUUCAAACUGCAAAUCCAGAAUUGGAGAUUUAGGGCUUUUGAAUUUUGAUCUGAAAAUGUCGCAACCGCGGAAUACGAACUUGUAUAGUAUAAUAGUGCCAACUUACAACGAACGACUCAAUAUCGCUCUCAUCGUCUACCUCGUCUUCAAGCAUAUCCCGGAUAUUAACUUUGAAAUAAUCAUUGUGGAUGAUGGAAGUCCUGAUGGAACUCAAGAUAUUGUCAAGCAAUUACAGCAAGUCUAUGGUGAAGAUCGCAUUCUAUUAAGACCUAGGCCCAGAAAGCUCGGAUUAGGGACUGCUUACAUUCAUGGUCUGAAACAUGCUUCUGGAAAUUUUGUCAUAAUAAUGGAUGCUGAUCUGUCACACCAUCCAAAGUAUCUUCCACAGUUUAUUAAGAAACAAAUGGAGACAGGAGCGAGUAUUGUUACUGGGACCCGCUAUGUGACAGGUGGCGGUGUGCAUGGUUGGACACUUAUGCGCAAAUUGACAAGUAGAGGGGCAAAUGUUCUUGCACAUACACUUCUUUGGCCUGGUGUAUCUGACUUGACAGGGUCGUUUCGUCUUUAUAAAAAAUCUGUGCUUGAAGACAUUAUAAGCUCUUGUGUGAGCAAAGGGUAUGUUUUCCAAAUGGAGAUGAUUGUUCGAGCAUCAAGAAAAGGAUACCAUAUUGAAGAGGUUCCGAUUACUUUUGUUGACAGAGUUUAUGGAAGUUCAAAGCUUGGUGGAUCAGAAAUAGUGGAGUACUUGAAGGGUCUUGUGUAUCUUCUGUUUACAACAUAAAGAAAGUAGGCUAAAUAUACUAUUCUAUAUGAUUGAUAAUCACACAGGAAUUGCUUCUUGAUUCUUAUUUCUAAUUGAUAAGUACAUUUGACUCAUAUCCCUUGCUUUCCUUAACCAAUUGAAUACCCAUUUUGUAGCAUUUUUAUGAGAGAAAUUUCCAUAUAAUAUUACUUGAUUUUGAUUUUGGGUU